AUGUCUGAUACAACUUCAAUUUAUCCUGAAACAAUUCUUCCAAGUUUUUUGUCAUCAAUUAAUAAAUGGUACAUAGAAAACUUCAAUGAUCCAUUAUAUACUACUACAAGAAUUUGGUUUAAAAGUUUUUUAUUUUGUGAAUUAUUUUUACAAUUACCAUUCUUUUUUUAUGCCUCAAUCAGUUUAUGGAAAGGCGAUAAAUCAAUCAGAUUACUGCUGCUAAUCUAUGCAAGUCAUACGGCCACAACAACUCUAGCUUGUAUUAGUGAAUUGAUGUUUGGUAGUAAUGAGGGAUUAAGUGAAUCUCAAAGAAAUUUUUUAUUGAUGGCCUAUACACCUUAUCUCAUAUUGCCUUUGAUAAUGAUUAUAGAUUCAUAUAAACAAUUACGUGAAGCAGAAAGGGUGGCAAAUACAUUGUUAAAAAAAGAAUAA